GAGUCAACAAGACACAAUACUAUAUUUUGAGGUUAGAAAACUGAUGGAGUGAAAAGAGAUCUGUAAUAUUGAGUGUUAGGUAAUACUGUCCUAAUCAUGGCAGGUGUUCUGAAAAAGUCUACGUAUAUAAAAGGGUUAGCUGUUAGCAAGUAUCCUCACCAAGAAUUAAUACCGCUGUACAAUAGAAUUUUGAGAGUGCUACAAAAGUUUCCAAAGGAUUACACUUAUCGGACAGAAACAGAGGGGAUUAUCAAGACUAGAUUGACAGUCAUGCAACAGAAUGAAAAUAUACAAGUUGUAGAAGACAAAAUAAACUGUGGACAAGUGGAGGAGCUUAUAGUACAAGCAAAGAACGAGCUAUCUCUGGCAGAAAAAAUGUUGAUUUGGAAACCGUGGGAGAAAUUAACACAGGAAGCACCACCCAAUCAGUGGACGUGGCCACCGCAUAAAUAAUUUUAGUUUGUUAAUGAUAUUUGUAUAUAGUAUGUAACUAAAUGCGAAUAAAUAGAAAA